AUGGAAUAGUAACCACUCAGUAAUUAAAGAGUAGAUUCAUUUAUCUAUUUAGUAGCAAAACUUUAACGACGACUAACUGACAUAGAGGAGGGAGUUGACUGCAUACGAAUCCUUUUUAGAUUGCUUUGGUUGUUUUUCAGGAUUUUUGAGAGUAUUUAUAUUAAUAUAGAAUUUCAAAGGCAUGGCUUCCAUGUGUAUUUUGCUGCUGUGAAAAUCCAUUCUUCGCAGUCCAAUAAAGCUCAGUGGGAUUAGUGGAGAAGUUCGGAAAAUAUCAUAGGAGUCUGCCACCUGGCUUGAAUCAAAUCAAUCCAUGCACGGUAAUAUCAUAUUCUAUAUUAAGGAUUCAGUCAUAUCAGUGGAUUUGAGAACAAGAGUAUUAGAUUUAGAUAGACAAAUUAUAUUGACAAAAGACAACAUUUAAGUUAACAUUGAUACCUGCAUGUAUUUUAGAAUUAUUGGUAUACAAUUAAAUAUAUAUCUCUCUUUUUUUUUCAUUUAGAUCCUGUCAGAGCCACCUAUAGAGUUUCAAGAUUGACAUAAUCUGUUAAGGACAUGACAUAUGCAGCCCUGAGACAAGUGUGCGGAGAACAUUAGCUCCAGGAUUUAUUAGAGCACAGAGAAAUGGUCUAAGAUUCAAUAGAAGCCUAUCUCGAUAAAUCAACUGAAUAAUGGGGAAUCUACAUAGAAGAAGUCUUUAUUAAGGACAUGGUUCUGACACCAUAAAUGCAAUCUGAUUUGGCAGCUGCUGCUAAAAAUAAAAGAAUCGCCUAGGCUAAAGUUAUAUCUGCCUAGGCUGAUGUAGAAAGUGCAAAGUUGAUGAAGGAGGCUGCCUAAGCAUUGGAUAGCAAAGCUGCAAUGCAGAUUAGAUUUCUAGAAACACUUCAACUAUUAGCCAAAGGUCCAUCUUAGAAGCUAAUGUUUUUGCCAUUAAGUCCAGAAUCUCAAGGAGCUCAUAAUGGAUGAAAGUCUUGCUUUAUUAAUAUAAAAUUUAAUUUAAAUAUUAAA